AUGCGUCGCGGAUCUGUCACUCGGCGCAAGGAGCCGCUGCCACCUUUCCCUGCCCAGCAGAUGUUUGUGCUGGCCUGCUGCCGAUUGUGUGAACCCAUUGCUUUCAUGUCCAUCUUCCCGUACAUUUACUACAUGAUUGAAGACUUUAACAUCACCUCGGAUCCGACCCAAAUUUCCGUCUACGCUGGCAUGGUCACCUCCGCAUUUACCCUGGCCGAGUUUGCAACUGGCGUCAUGUGGGGAAAGCUGAGUGACAAGAUCGGACGAAAGCCUGUUCUCCUCAGCGGCCUCAUCGGUACGGCCAUUAGUGUUCUCAUCUUCGGUUUCGCUCCUAGCUUGCCGGUCGCCCUUUUUGCUAGAGCAAUGGGCGGCCUUCUCAACGGGUUUUCCAGUUCCAUCAUUGGCCCUAUGAUCGGUGGCGCUCUUGCUCGUCCCUGCAUUAGCUAUCCCGCAUACUUUCCCCGCGGCUCAAUCUGGGAUCAGUAUCCAUAUCUCUUGCCUAACCUUUUCAGCGCAGCGACUGUUCUCUUUGGUGUUGUCGUUGGCAUCCUCUUUUUGGAAGAGACCCAUCUUGGCAAGAAGGGUGAGAAGGAUCGCGGCCGCGAGAUUGGUGACCGAAUUGUUGCCCUGUUCAGCCGAACCACUAACGGCCAAGCUGAUGAGCCUGAGACGCAAAGCCUUCUCGCUGAUGGCCAGAAACUUGGAUACGAUACCGUUUCUGACUCUGCUCGCGGGAGAGAGGAGCAGCUACCCGGUUACCGGAGCCGAGGGGCAUCACCUCGAGUGCCGUCUCAGGGCAAUACAGAGCGUCAAGCCGUCGCUGGCACUGAGGCCUCGGAGACACAGCCCGAUCAAACCACCAAGAUUUUCACCAAGCCAGUCGUGAUGAACAUUAUUUCUUAUGGCAUUCUCGCCUUCCACACCAUCACGUAUGACCAGCUCUUUCCUGUCUUCUUGAGCACCGCCCCUCCCAAGGAGCCAAUUCUCGAGCUUCCUUUCAAAUUUGUAAACGGAUUCGGCCUUGAAACAAAGGCCAUUGGCGUCAUCAUCUCCGUCCAGGGCUUCUAUUCCCUACUGUCCAACUAUCUGAUUGUGACACCCAUGACCCGUCGACUUGGACCUCUCCGCCUAUUUCGCCUCAUUGCCUUUUCCUACUUUGCCCUUUACCUCGUUACGCCUUAUGUGGUACUCCUCCCGGAGAGCCUGAGAAUGCCUGCCAUUUACCUCUUGGUCAUCUGGAAGUGUACUUUUUCGACAAUGGCAUACCCCAGCAACGCAAUCCUCUUGGCCAACUCGGCCCCAACGAAGCAGGUUCUGGGCACCAUCAAUGGCGUCGCAGCGUCCACGGCUAGCUUGUGCAGAGCUCUCGGCCCUACCCUGUCUGGCUUCCUCUACGCUAUGGGUUUGCAAUCUGGCUAUUCGGGCCUCGCUUGGUGGUUUAGCGGUCUGAUCACCAUUGUUGGUGCCUAUCUCAGCUCUCAGAUCACCGAGGGAGCUCCACCUCCAGUUUCUGGAGAAACGAUUGAAGAUUAUGAUGAUGAUGAAAGCGCUUAAGGUUUUAUAUUUUUGGGUUUCCCCCGCUUCUCUCGACCCGGAUCUCCUUUCUCGAGACGGCUCCGGCACUUCGAGAUGACGACUACAUUUUUAUCUUCACCUUUAUUAUUUUUUAUUUUUAUAAAUGGUAUAAUCCACGGCUUGAACAAACGACUUCAAAACCCACUGUUUCGAGCUGACAAAGGCGAUGACCUCGGUCAGGCACAACGGCGCCUUGAGAGGCUUUACCUCUCUCCCCUUUAUUCUUCGCCGUCUUCGGUUUUACUUUUUUUAUUUUUUAUUUUUUAUUUUUAGUUUGAUUUUGGACAUCUGAUGCAAGCACGUUUGGGCCAACACUGUUGGACGAUUAGAAGGAUACUGGAGCUCUGGGAUAAACAAGGAAUGGAGCUAAUUUUUGGACUCUCUCACUAUUUCGGAUUCGAUUUUUUAUUUUUAUUUUUCUGGAUUUCCCCUUUCUCCUCUUCCAAGGUGGGGGAGGCAAGGCACACUCGCUGGCCCUGCAAUACGCGGUAGCAAUGGUCUGAGGAUGGAUGAAUCGGGAGACUCGGAUCAGGCCGGUGUGGAAAAUGGAGACCAAGGACAUGGAUUGGGAUUAUGAGUUUAUCAUUGGGUAUAUGGCACAGGGCAUAAAGCACCGGGACUGGAUAUUGGACACUAGGCAUUAGGAACGGGAUAUUGGACACGGGGUACAAGACAUGGAAUGUCAGGCUCUGGAAACUGGAACUAGGCACUUGAAGGCUGGCUUGGCUUACGGUUGGUUGGAGACAGGUUGGACUGGGACGAGACAUGACGGGGGCAGGGCGGGAUGGGACCGAUGGAUAUUACUGGUUAGAGGUGUUUUCCUCCCCCCAUGGUGGUGGGCUUGGGACCUUCCUUUGAGUAUUGGGUACCUAGUACUUGCAUAAGUAGGUUUAGGUAUGCAUUGGGUUUAGCCAUUGAGAGUUUUGACAAAUACAAAAACUUUGCGUGGUGGC